AUGGCCACCCAAAGACCUGGGUUACCUCAGCUCACCAAAGAGGAAAUAGAGCGACAAAAACGUCUCCUCGACCUUUGUAUGCAACAAGUGGGAUUCUUCAGGGGAAAGAAAAUCCCAGUCUACACUCCUGGAGAGCUCGAGUACGAGAAAUCUGUGGCAAAUGCGAACCUCCUCUACCGUUUUGAAAGACCAGGCUGUGUCAUCCAACCCGAGCAUGAGUCCCAUAUUCGCAUCACCGUUGACCGAGCCAAGAAGGAAGGCUUACCUAUCCGAAUCAAGAAUGGUGGCCACUCGUACGGCGGAUUCUCUGCUAUCAACAAUGGCAUCUCGAUUGAUCUCGUCAAUAUGAAACGCGUCGACUUCGACAAGGAUAACAUGACAAUCACUAUGGAUGCAGGCGCACUUUGGGCUCAUGCCUAUCACGAACUGAUCAACGACCAUCACAAUCAACUGGUUAUCAACGGAGGUCGUUGUCCUAGUGUAGGGGUCAGUGGUUUCACUUUGGGUGGAGGUCUCGCGCCCUUUACUCGAAGCUUCGGCCUGGGAAGUGACACGCUUCUCGAGGUUCGUAUUGUCACUGCAGAACAUGGAGUCAUCCGAGUCAGCCCUAAUGACAAAAAGGAGGAAAAGAGGGACCUCUUCUGGGCCCUUUGUGGUGCUGGUGGCAAUAACUUUGGGGUAGUUACGCAGCUCAAGAUGAAGGUUCAGGAGCUGCGCCACCCUUUUGUGGUUUCUGGGGUUUAUACCUGGGCACCUGCUCAUUGCGCUGAGUCCCAAAAGGCUUUCACCGAAGCGAUGAUAAAGUUCUAUACUGCUGAGUGGUCCAACGAGAUGACGAUUGACACCAGUUGGUUGAUGGACCUCAAGGAUACCCGUGAAGAUCCGUCUGUUCGAUUUCUGGUCUACUAUAAUGGACUGGAGACAGAAUUCGAUAAAGAGGUCGAUGAGAAGCUCGGAGAUUGCGGCAAGCUUGACAAAAAAGACAAGGUUGAAGACAAAAAUAAGUCACUGGCAGAACAGCUCAAGGACCGAACUUUGCCAGAGAGUUCAACUCUGUUCCUCCACGAGACUCUUGUAGCUCAGUGGUCAGAGGAAACUCAGAAAGCAUUGCCUUCGAACGCGAUGUUCAGGAUCUACACCUCUUUCUCUUUCACAAAGGCCACUGUCAAAGAGAAUAUUGCCAAGAUAAUUGAUACUCUUCAAAAAGGGUUGAUAGCUUUCAAGAAUGACUUCAAAGGGGAAGAAGGCUCAAUCAGAGUCUCCUGGAUUCAUUCCGGCGGCAAAGCCAAUGCAAGUAAGCCCGGUGACUCCGCAUAUCGUUGGCGUGGAUGUGAAUAUCACACAUACAUCAUGAUCGAGUGGAAGGAUAAGUGGCUAGAGACGAAGAUGAGGAAGACCCUUACAGAUCUCAACAAGGCGCUGAGAGGGUAUUCUAUGGAUGGGCUUGGUGUCUAUGUUAACUUUCCAGAUCCUACACUCGACAAAGACACGUAUGAGAAAGCAUAUUAUGGUGAAAACAAAGACAAGCUGCAGAGAAUCAAGGCUUACUGGGAUAAGAACAACGUCUUCCAGUGGCCUCAUGGAGUCCAGGUUGGACCCCACAUUGACUCUAAGACCACUGAAAUGGAGUUUGCAGCUCCCCCUCUACCCCCGAGCAGCAGCCCUGCUGUCGAGGGGUUUGUCAACCCCGGAGAAGCUGCGGGCGUGAACGCAUGCAUAUCUUGGGAUACCUUUAACCCGACUAGUGGCAGCCCUAUAGUUAGCCUAGGUAACUGA